GAUAAUGUAGGAAUGACAAUGCAGAAAGUAAACAAAAAAAUUGGUUUCAAUUAUAAGUUUUUAUUUCUUUAGAACAAUUUUCGUUUAAUAUUUUUGUCUUGAUCAUUAAAUUCUUAUUGAGUUUAUAAAUUUAGCAUUCAUUAAUCAUUUGUUUAUUAUAAUCGGUAAAAAAUGGAUGUCGCAGAAGGUGUAACUCCAGUAUACUUGAAAUUGGCACAGAUCAAAUUCUGCCUCACUCUCCCACAAUAUAAGAAUGAUAAGGAUCUUAUUUCUUCCUUAAAAGCUGGUAUUGUCUACAACAAUAUGGCUCCUUAUUACAAAGAAGUAUGCACUGAUUUGGGAUUGGAUUUUGAUCAAGCUCUCUAUGAUAACAUGGCAGCAAAUAAUGCUAAGCGUAUGGCUGAACUCGAGCAAGAAAAAAAUCCAACUAUGGUUGAUGAUGAUGAUCCAGUAUCUGGAAUAUGGCAAGCUAAAUUACAAUAUUUGUGUUCAAUUGGCGAUCGUGUUGAAGCUACAAAGUUAGCUGAGUCUAAACUGGAAGAAAAAAAUGUACCCAAGUCUCAGCAAAUAGACACUGUGUUUGCUCUAUUUAGAGUUGCAUAUUUCCAUGGAUGUGAUAUCCCAGCUAUGAAGAAAGCUAUAGAUAAAGCUACUGAGUUAAUUGAAGGAGGAUCUGGUGGUGAUUGGAGUGCUAGAAAUAAGUUAAAAGCAUAUGAUGGUAUUUGGAGUUUAGCAAUUAGAGAUUUUAACAGAGCAGCAAAGUUAUUUGUUGACGUAGUGCCAACAUUUGAAUCCUACGAACUCGCUGACUUUAGUACAAUAAUCAAGUAUACUGUUUAUUCUUCAAUGAUAGCUUUCCCUAGAUAUGAAUUGAAGAAAACACUUAUGCACCACGGUGUGAUGGCCCAAGCUUUAAAUUCAGAUUCUAAGGAAUUAAAAGACUACUUUGUAUCUUUAUAUGAAGGUCAAUAUUCAAAAUUCCUUGUAUACCUGGCACAAAUUGAAAAAAAUAUGAAAGAAGAUCCUCUAUUGCAUCCGCAUUAUAAGUAUUACAUUCAAGAAAUGCGACUGUUAGCAUACAAACAGAUCUUGCAAGCAUACAGAUCGUUAAGUUUAGACUAUAUGGCUAAGUCGUUUGGUGUUACAAAAGAAUUUGUGGAGAAAGAAGUAGCUAGAUUUGCUGCCGCUGGACGCCUAACAUGCAAAAUUGAUCAUGUUGCUGGAGCUGUGGUUACUAGUAGUACAUCAAAGUGCAGUUUACAACUAGGAGCACCAGAAUCUAGGCUAGAAAGAGGCAUUUUGUAUCAAACUACAGUAAAAAAAGGAGAUAUAUUAUUAAACCGGCUUAAAAAACUAGCUCGCGUAAUGGAUUUUUAAGACAACUCCAAAAUAUUUUUUAUAAUAUAAUCUUGAAAAAAAUACAGUUUUUAGAAUAUUUUAUAUAAAUUGUGAUUUUUCUAAUUAAUUGUGAAUAUAUUGCUUCACGAUUAUUUGUAUUAUAACAAAUUGUCAUACAACUAACUAUAACUCAUCAGUUCUGUCUUAAAAGUCAAGUAAAAAAAAUAUAUAUAUAUACGUCAUGUAUGUGCUAUUUAAAGUAAAUUGCUAUAAUGUAAAUACAGUUAAAAUACACUUGUGUAAA